CUCGAGAGCCAACUUUUCUCGCGGCUCGAUAGACUGUUCGAGGAUCGGACCCCCUCUGGUAAACCGUCGCGCGUCCUUUCGAAACGUUUGUGAUUCUCUGUGAUCUUCGUUCGUCGUUAAUAUUUCGAGGCUGUCUUACACGGCACACCGGAAAGUAUCGUUUAAUUGCGUAACGCGAGGAAAAGAGUUGGUGGCAUCGAGAUCGAACGCACGAGGACCCAAUGUCGCGUCGCGACGAAAGAAUUCAGGACCUUCCGAGAAUGUCGAUCUCGUCGCUUGCGCUGAUGUGGAGAACCGAGAGGUGUAAUCCGUUUAAAAAGAUCUCCAGGUGAGUCUCGAGGCAGUGAUAACUAUGACAGGAGCCUCGCGAAUCGACGAGACGUGCGCUGAAUUUCUUUCCAACUCGUUUAACGAUCUUCGGUGAAAUUCUAUCGUAACAUCUCGUAAUUCAAACUUUUAUGGAGAAUCAAGAAGCAAACGAGACGUGUUUCUUGUCCUGAAGAAUCAUCGUUGGAAUUCUAUCGUAAUUCGAGAAACUUCUAUCGAAAACAAGGAGGCGUAAUCCGUUCGAAAGGGUCUCAAAAUGCCAAGGAGCCUCGCGAAGCAACCUCGAAGGAACCAUCCAAAGGUUUUUAAACCGAUCUAGGCACCGAAACCUCGUUAAGCAGAAAUCUGUGAAAGCAUAAUCACCGAGCGAGCUGUAUUCGUCGUGGUUCAUCUACCCUCCCCUGUUUUUUUUUACAUCGGUUCUCCAUCAAAUUUCCGAACGUGGUCGCUAUACCCAGGCCGCCAACUAGGUGAUCGUUUAACGCUGCGAGGGCGAAUUGUCUGCGGACGCGGAAAACUCGGUUACGGGAACUAAUCGCUGCCGUGGGAUUGAAUCAAACCGCGAACGAGAGGACGAUACCGCGGUUUCUGUGGAAAAACACCCUCUGGAGACGGGGAGACGUCGAGUAAAGCUGUUCGAGGGAAGAAACGAGAGAGCGGAGGAGGGUUGUUUCGUCGAACGAACUCGGAUAAGAUUGAGUUCCGAGGGGACUCUCGAGGAACGUCCUGAAGGAACAACAGAGGAUCGUUAUCGAGCGAAUUUGAAUGUGGAAGUCUGGAUUUAGUUCGAACGAGAAUGUAAUCGUCCGCGGUUGAUGGGAGGGAUGAAACGAUCUUAGAUCGGCAAAGCCGAGCUCAGCGUCUCUCCUCUGUCACAAAGUGAUUUCAACGAGGGGGCCAGGCUCGUCAUUGUGUCCCAAAUCGACGAAUGAAGCGGUCCGCGAGUUCUAGGUUCGCGUCGAAAAUUUUAAACACGACGAAGUGCAUUGUGUAGUGGGUUGCAGAUUCGAGACGACCAUGGACAGAAGAGAGGCUCGUCUUGCCGUUCGACAGGUGAACGGUCGGUGGUCGUGCACGGUCGGCAAGACGGCUUCGGGAUGCUGCACGCUGUUAUGCUAGGUAGCGGUCCGGGCCGAGGGAGACACGAAUGGUAUCCAGGAUUUUAUUUGCAACGUCGACGACUUGGAUGCAGGAUGAACCGCGGGGAACAGGAGACCCUAUUCCGGCAGAGCCGGCAGCUCACGAGGAUCGUACAUUCCCACGAGGACCUCGUGCUGAGCGUCCUCAAAUCGCCGAUCAGUCAGCACCAGCACCAACAGCAACGUCAGCAGUACCAUCACAGCCAUCACUGUCACGAGCAUCAUGUUAACUGCCAAGGUCAUCAGAAUCAUAAGAAGUGCACGCAUUCAGGUGAGAGUCUUCCACGAAGCAAGGACCAAUGCUCUAGGCUCACGGAAAAGCGGUCGAGCGCCGCAGCCGCCUACGCUGCCCUGCGGGGCAGCGAAGACGAGCUCGUCGCCGAGCACUGCCUCGGGUCGGAGGACAUGGCCCUGAAGACGCCAGGCAGCGAGACAGAGGACACGGAGGACAACGGCGCCCAAAUGGACGAUGAGCCGUCCCCUACGCGUCGUUUCACCUUCCUCAGGCGUUUCCGUUCGCCGCGAUUCGGCGAGGCGCACCACAAGAGGGUGCCCACACCGAUGAAGAGGAAGUACCGCCGCAAGAAGAGCAAGGACGACAUCAUCGACAGCGACAUGAACGCCACCGAAGUCGAGCCGCCUAGUCUGACCCAAGCUGGCGUGGCCGAUCCCUAUUACCCGAUCUACCUGCCCAUCGACCAGGCCUUCAAGGCUAAGUACGUGUUCUGUCAUAAAAAGGGGAAGACGUUCCAGGAGAGGCUGUACGUGUUCCUCGAGCACCCAGACGGUUGGAUCUGCUUCGUCUAUCAUUUCACUGUGUUCAUGGUGGUAUUGGUGUGCCUCAUAUUUAGUGUUCUGUCAACCAUAGACCAGUACAGUAACUUCGCGAACGAAACCCUGUUCUGGAUGGAAAUAUGUUUGGUGGUAUUCUUCGGUGUGGAAUACAUGGUGAGGUUAUGGAGCGCAGGCUGCAGAUCGAAGUAUAUGGGUUGUUGCGGCAGACUGCGAUUCAUACGGAAGCCGAUUUGUAUCAUAGAUUUAAUCGUGGUGGUCGCAUCUAUGGUGGUUUUGUCGGUGGGAAGCAACGGUCAGGUGUUUGCCACAUCCGCCAUAAGGGGCAUCCGAUUUUUGCAAAUACUACGAAUGCUCCACGUCGAUCGACAAGGUGGCACGUGGCGACUUCUCGGUUCUGUCGUUUUCAUUCAUCGUCAGGAGCUGAUCACGACGUUAUACAUCGGGUUCCUAGGUCUUAUUUUCAGCAGUUACUUCGUGUACCUUGCCGAAAAAGAUGCUGUCGGGCCCGAUGGAAAAACAGACUUUUCCAGCUACGCCGACGCACUGUGGUGGGGAGUGAUCACCGUGACCACGAUCGGAUACGGUGACACUGUCCCACAAACGUGGAUGGGAAAAAUAGUCGCUUCGUGUUUCAGCGUAUUCGCAAUAUCCUUUUUCGCACUUCCAGCUGGUAUAUUGGGCUCCGGUUUCGCGUUGAAGGUCCAACAAAAGCAACGUCAGAAGCAUUUCAAUCGACAGAUACCGGCUGCUGCCAUGUUGAUACAGUGCCUCUGGAGAUGUUACGCCGCCGACAAAGCCAUCAACAGUGUGGCGACCUGGAAUAUCUAUAUAAAGGAUCCAGCCCCUGCCGGACAACCCUCCACGCCUCUGGGAAAGUUGAUUUGUGUAAAGAAGAUGUCUCUGAUGAUCCAGGUGGCAAAGAAGGCGAGCGUACUGAAGAGGCGGAAGUCGCGGAACCGGAUGGACGUGCAGCAGCAGCAGCAGCAAUCGUUGCCGCCGGUCACGAUAUCCGGCGGCGUUUCCAGUGGCGCUGCCGGCGACGCUGGUGGCCAAAACGACAAUCAAAGGAUGGAGAACGAGGGUGACGUUAUCUUCUACAUGGAAGAGCCCAAGGCGGGAACACCGAACCGUGCCAGGCGCGACAACCGCGUAAGUGUAUUCACUCUGCCAUCUUACCUCUUCGGCCACAAGGAACAAACGUUCUUCAGGGGAAGCCUCUUCACCUCGCAGACGAGCUCCGUCACGGAGGCCACCAGCGACGAAAUUGACAUUGAUAUCGAAGAACCGCAAAGGGUCACCACGUUGACGGAGGCGCACCGAAACGCCAUAAGGGCGAUCAGAAAGAUCAAGUACUUCGUGGCGAGACGGAAAUUUCAGCAGGCACGUAAGCCUUACGACGUGCGCGAUGUCAUCGAGCAGUAUAGCCAGGGUCACCUGAAUAUGAUGGUCCGAAUCAAGGAGUUACAAAGGAGAUUGGAUCAGACCCUGGGCAAGCCUGGCAGCUAUCUGGCCGGAAUCGACCGGGCAGGCAACGUGAAGCCGAUGACGAUAGGCGCACGCUUGUACAGGGUUGAACAGCAGUUGUCCGUGAUGGACAAGAAAUUGGACCAGCUGGUCUACGUGCUGAACGCGGUGGCACAAAAGCAACAAAUACCCCUGAGGAGUAUAGAGGACGACGUGUAACAGGAAGCCCCCGGCAAGCUCGUGCCAUCUGUUUCGCGAUCACCGGCAAUCCCGUGGACUUUACCUCGCGUCACCAUAACCAACAUCGCUCCGAACAUGCUCAGCAAGAGCGGCUGACGAGUCGCUCGCCUCGAUCGGAUACGAGCCAAGGACGCCUCUGUCCGAGAAUGAUUUCGUCGAGACCCUCGAUACAAAGGGCGAAGCUACGGCUCGAGGUGACAAACGAUUCGAAUGUAACUGGACGAGCCGAAUCCAUUCGAAGAGCAAAGUGAAAGAAAAACGACCGCUGAAAAUGAGUAACUGGAUCGAUAAGGGAUUAAGGUUGAUGUGUCAGAGGUCGUUACGAUUAGGCUCGUACGAGGCUGGUACGAUUAGGUUCGAGGGUGGAAACUGGGUGAGGUACGGAGAUUCAGGUGGAAGAAAGGUGGAAGAGGUGAAUAAGCGAAUGGUGGAACGAAGGUGAACGAUGAAAUUCGAAAAUAGAAGACUGAACGACACAGUUUGUUGCGUAUCGAAGUAGAGUCGAUUUAAGGUUUCGAUUCGGGGAGGUUUAGUCUAAAUUUUGAAGCGAAAACUGAGGAUCGACGUGUGUAAUUUGUGUUAAUUAAAAAAAGCUGAGGGAGAAUGGGUAAAGAAAGUAUAGAAAGCGAAGAAGAGUAGACGAUGAAGGUGAAAACAGUGAAAGUGGAGGAUGAGGAAGUACGAAGAACGUGGAAACAGAAGCUGGAAAAUAAAAAGAAAGAUUGAUUAGUGCAAACUUAUACGACCAUAUUUCAAUCUCCCAUCGUCCACCAGUAUCGAUCGGGGUUCAUUAAAAUUGUGUAACCAAAUAACAGUGGAAAAUAAAAGAGAACGCCUAGAGAGGAGAAAAAUCCUCUGCGUCAGUGAUUCGUUAGUUAAAGUAAUUUAAUUUGAACUCGAAUACGAAAGCUGUGUAAGUGAAUAAUUUGUACAAAUUUGAAUGAUGGACGAACAACUGGAUGGAUAGAGGAAUGGAGAAAUUCGCAAUUCAUUAUCGAUAUUUUGAUUAAUUCAAUUUUUUCUGAAAAAAAAGGUCGACGUAAAUUGAAUUUGUUUUGAAGUUAAUGCCGCGGAGCAAAUUGUAAUCGUUUCACGAACAGUAUUCUUGACAGGGCCAAACGAAGGGAUGAAAGUUUCGAAGCUUCCGAGAUCCGUAUUUUCUUGCGUGUAACUUUAUAACUAUACACGUAAUUCCAUCAAGAUCCGGAGCAACGUUGGAGCGAGGGAAAUUAGCAAUGCCUGCGGAGACGUUGAAUUUUUAAUAGAAAUGAGAAUUGCCAUGAGCCUGGAAUCAAAGGUGAAGACACAUUAAUAGAUCAACAUUUCAAACUGUCGUUAAUUUAACUUUCUGGCCCAAGAAGAACGAAAAAAAAAUUGAUAAUAAUAUAAAAUCCAGGAAGGACGAAAUUUUGUUGUAGCAAUUUUAUUUAACUUGUAAAUAAAACAGGCACAGGAGAAUUUUUUAAAAUACAUGAGAAGGCUAAAGAAAGGAUGCAAGAUUUUUCCGAAACUACUGUAACAAUACAAAAUUUACAAAGUACGAAAUUUCAAGACCUCAUCAUCUGUAGCAGCAAUUUUACUUAGUUUGUAAAUAAGACAGACACAGGAGACAUUUUUUAAAAUACGCGAGAAGGUUGAAGAAGGGCUACAGAAAUUUUCCGUGACCAAGAAGACCACUAUUCGAUGAAACGAUUCAACUUUGGAUGGUUUAGAGUCAAAGCAGAUGCGUCCAGCGAACGAAUCGCCUCUGCAAAAAUGAAAACUCAACGAAGCCAGUAACAAAAAUAAAUACUCCCUCCCUCGUUUCCUUUGACAUUCGCACCUCGUCUCAAGAAGAGCAGAUCAGAGCUCAGAGAUUCCCACGUCCAGCAAAAUCCGAAAGCAGUCGACAGUUGCUGAGAGUCCACGGGAGCGACGAAGCCCGCGUCGUCACUUCGAUACUUCCGCAGCCGUAGGAUCGGUGGUCCUCGAGGAACCAUUCGCAAAACGAUCACGCUAAACGCACAGGAACGAUUUUUCUCUUCGAACGAACGAAGGACGAGCCACGUCGAGUUUUGUGAAACGAGAAACGCGCCGGUUUCCCUGCAUCGUGCGCCAGGUGAAUUAAUCGAAGCUUCGUCAUCGCGAUGAACGAUCCUCGAUCGCCAAAUCCGGCGUUUCUCGCGUUUCGAGGGCCGCACGAUGGAGCCUUGGCUCGUAGGCGAAUCCACGGAUCGAGACGCAGAGGCCGAGAUUACGUAGAAACGUAUGCGGUAGGGUUUGUAGUUUCGUAACGAGAGCUAAUCGAGGCUGUCUCCAUGUAAUAACGAUGAAGGAAAACGGAUAUGCAAACGUAUUGGGAACAUCAAUCGGGCCAACUAGGAGUAAUAGAGAGGAACAAUAAGCAAGUAAUGAAACAAACAAACAAACAAAAAAUAAAGAAACUUCCUAGACGAUACAUAUUAUAUCUAACUAGGCUUAUCGUAACGUAACUUCUAGUCUCUGCUGGUAAUAACGAUCAAUUAUUAAGCCUUAAAUCUAAUAAUCACGAACUUUGGUAAAUUCAGCGUGUCGAGUCGCGUACGCGAGUUGUACAAAAGCGGUGUCGAGUUACUCUUACUUACCUUACUCGUAUUUGAUCGAUUUUUUCAAUUUCUAGCACAAACGCGGAACUUGCCGAGUAAAUAAAAAAAAAAAAAAAAAAAAAACGAAAACCUGAAAAACAGUAUGCUUAUAUGAAAAUAUCCUCGUACGGUUCUCCCGGUUUUUCAUGAUCGCAUCCCCCUCUUCGCUGCGGGCGUUUGUUCCCUUCGAGAAACUCGAACGUGUUCGCGAUGUGUGUUCGAGGUAAUCUUUCAACGUGGAGCUUCAGGAACUGCGCUUUCGUUUAAUUAUCCAUGAUUUACUCACAUUGUACCUCGCAUGAGAAUUUGGUUUAAAACUGCCCUUUAGGAUAGUGUUUUUGUCAUCUGGACCAGACCUCUACCAGGUCUAAAUGUGAAAUACUUUUUUUUCGUAUUGUUUUUAUUUGUCGAUAUGAUAUUUUUAUAUGUCUUAUUGUGAUUUAUUUGCUACAUUUAUUUUACACGAAACAACAUUUCAGUUCAUACUAUCAGACUGUGAAUAUGUAUGCAUUUAUGACAAGUGGAAAUAUGAGGAAAAUUAUAAUAUAUAUAUUUAAUGUCAACAAUAGCACACACAUUACAUUGUCGAUAAAAUAAUCUGUAUCAUUAAAAAUAUGAAUUUGCAUACACAUUCACAGGCUACGUAUUAUAACUCAGAUUGCAAUUCUUGUUGACUUGUUUACUUAGAUCAGCAGUCUUACUCAUAUUUGAUAUUUGGUACAAUGUAUCAGCGUUAAUGUUUAUUAUAUAAACGACAUAAAGGCCAGUGGAUUUUCCCAUUUCUCAUGCGAGGGUAAGUAGAUAGCCCGAGUGAGCUCUGUAAAAAUCAUUUCUCUUCUGUUGUACCCUUGUCUCGAGUCCUAGGGAAUUAUACGGUAUUAAGCAUUUAAAUGCCUCCACGCUGAAGGGUUAAUCGCUGGCCUGCACAGGGUGUUCGUGGAAUACAUGGCAAAGCUUCUGCAGUCAGUUGAAACACGGUCGAAGAGCCCUGGUGUACAUCUAGUGUCAUCAAUUUUUAUCAUUUGACAAGAAUGUGAAAUAUUAAACCUCAUAAAUUUGUUCGCGAUUAAAAGCAGUAUUUUUUCAUAAUAUUUAACACUAUACAAGACAUAAUAAUUGUGAUACAUUUGAGAAUAUCUAUUGUUUCUUACAGCAUCGAGAAUAUGUAAUUAAUAAUUAAUUAUGCAAGACACAUUUGUUGUGAUAAAAAGGAUAUUUAUCUUACCUUAUAAUAUCGAGAAUGUAUAAUUAAUAAUGAAUUAUCAACAACCUCUGUCGUAAAACUCGUGAGGUAUCAGUUACAUAAUACAAUCUAUAAACAAAUGGUGAAAGGUAGACUUAAAACUAAAUUAAUAUUUGAAUCCACAAGAAGUACACAUAAACAUUCAACAACAAAUUUAACCAUUCUUCAAACUUUGUAAAUCAAGAAAUAAUAAUUCCCUUAAAUAUUUUCGAGCUAACUUUCAGACAGGUUCAGAGAAGCAAUCCUCGUAUCAGCGUGCUGUAGAUGCUUGACCCUUUCCACGAGACCACUGUAAAGUACGUACAUUGCAUACCAACGCAUGUACAUGUCCAGGAAUGGACGGAAUUGUAAAGAAUCGUACGCCUGAACCGCAAGCUACAAAAGAGGAAAGCGGGGAAUCGAUGGCGAUGCAAAUAUUGCAAACAUAAAGGAGGGGAAUAGAAGAGAAAAUCGGAUUUAUUUUGCAUAUAAAUACAUUUAUAUUUUCUACGUAGGCUAUCGGUUACGGCACGUAAAGAACCGUAAUUUUAUCGACACCGUCAGAUAUAUGCGUAAGUUCACGUCAGAAUUUCGUCAUGCUAGUUCUAAGUGAUUCUGUGCGUGAGUGCGUGUACGUAUGAAUGUACGUGUGUUCGCUGUAGAGCAAGAAACAAUUUCCUUUUUCUAGUUUUUCGUUCUUCGUUGACCAUUCGAGCGCAGAAAAACGGAAUUUUAUAUCGAUAUUAAAUUGACGCAUAAAAUUACGUAAAAUGCAACAAAAUCGAAGUACAUUUUUUCAAAAUUUAAUUAAAAUCGCUUCGAAAAAGAUUGACUCAAAACAUCGAUGGAAGAAAUAGUCGCUAAAUGGUUGAUAGAUUUUCUAAAAACUUGAUAGUGAUUUAAGAAAAGAUCGAUUUAGAAUUGAACAGUCUUCUGCUCUCUUUCUAGACUCACCUGUUUCUUCUGCAGUUCUUCGAACCAGAACGGUAAGCAUGAGUACAAGUCAAACGACUGUGCAAACUUUUCAUUAAAAAUUCGUUUAGGUAAAGAAUGUGUUCUACACUCGAAUGGUUGAACUGACGGGACACCUGUCGAGUGUUCGACUUAUUUUCGUUCGCAUUGAACGCACGUGAGCUUUCGAAAUGCACGAACGUCUUUCUUUGUAAGGCAUCCGCCGUAAAAACGUUCUGAUAUCGACUCCAUCGAGGGUUAAUAUCGAUCUCCGCGCGGAAAGGACCAGUCUCUUGUUAAUUAGGGUAACGUCUAACGUCGGGCGAAAUAUUGCACUGAAAAUAUCUAUCGUCUAAACUACGUACUAUUAAUAGAGUUUAACGUAACGCAAUUCUGUAAAUAUAUACUUAUACAUAGCGAGGGUAGGAGAAAGUUUUCUUAAGCGUAGCGAACUUGGCAGAGUAUUUUUCGAACCCGAUUCGCGUGGACAUGUGAUAGGUGCAACGCGUACCGAGUUCUGUGCAUUCCGAAACUUCGAAUACUCGUCGCGUUCCUUUGUCCAAGCGGACAUAUUACAUUCCAUUUGCGUUUACUGGCUCGUAGGGAAAUGAAAUGUUCGUUCCUCUCGCGUUGAAAUUGAAACGUUUCGUCCUUUGAACAAUGGAACUCUUCUUAGUCGAAGUGUCCACCUCGUCGGUCGAGAAGCAAUUCGUAAAGCCUCCGACAUUAUUUGUUGUACAAUUUUAUGAUACCUGGAUCCUGUGAAUUUGAAAAUUUAGUAUGGGAGAAUUUCUGCAUGUUGAUUUUUAUGUUAUAUUAUUAAGUGUCCACUUUGUCGGUCGAGACAUAAUUCGUAAAGCUUCUGACAUUAUUUUUUAAACAAUUAUUUGAUACCUGAAUCCUGUGAAAUUGGACCAUCGUCCAACUUCACGAAAUUUAUCAUAAGCGUAUAAUAUUUAUACUUUUGUUUUUUUUUCGUAUAUAGGAGGUAUCACCAACAAAUUCUUUUUCGUUGAUCUUGAUUUCUGUGCCGACAGAUCCAAUUUCCUGCCGCCUGGCGAAUGCUCGUUUACCCGAAAUAGUGAUUUUUUCUGAAUUUCGCAACGUUGAGGGACGAAAAAUACUCUGCGAAACGCGCUCGAGCUCGUACGGAUGUACGAUAUAAAAAAAAAUUCUAUGGUGCCUCUCACUCGACUAACUCCACUGUGACGCAACUGAUAAAUAUUAAUAAUUAUCGGUGAUAGAAACUAGGGUAAGAUAGUGUUGUAAAUAACGUCGUAGGGUUAUGGAACUUUAACGGGCAAUACGGACUCCGAAGGCAAAGCACAGAAUUUUUCCAUUUCGCAAAGCGAGGCCGCUGAACGUUUAUCGUUUGUUCGCGGGGAAUACUUCUCGUUGAAGUGACACGCGAAACUAUAAAAUAAAUGCAGAUGAUCGAUGAAAUGCUUGAGGAAGGAAUUAAUCUUUUCACUUUAAAAAUAACUCGACCUAUACUUUCAAAAAUUAUCAGCAAAUAUACCCAUCGAUUUAAAAAGACGUCAUGAUAUAAAUUUUUAAGACAUAUAAAUAAACUCAGAUUACUGGAAAUAUUUCGUACAUUUCGAUCGAUGUUUAAUUUCACUUGUCAAGUUUUCAGAAGAAAGGAUAACGUACUAUCAUUUAUUGAUUUGUUCUGUCAAAGAUCACGAUUAAUUAUUUCGAGGAACAUGACGCGACUUUAAGGAUUAUAAAUUAUAAAAUGAAAAUUUUGUGCGCCGAUGUCGAUGAUAAUUUAUAAAUGACGUAACCUAAUCAUUGUUUAAAUCCAUCAUCGUGCCGAAGGAAUUUAUGGAGUCUUUCAUGUUCAAGAAAUUCAACGAGAUAGUUUCUCCACGAUCAAGCUGCUAUCUACCGUUUACCUAGAACCUUCAGUCGACCAAACAAGGCGUGGAAUCGAUUAUCGCGCUGGAAAAUCAUCGCUAAAUAUCACAGAGUUACCGAACUACAUAUUAAAAUUAAUACGCCACGAAUCAUUGAACCAAGUAUCGCUCGACGAUUAUAUAUUGCCGACCACGAGUAGAGACAAUCAACGACGUACGCAGGUACGCGUACAAACAAUAAAUAAACGUAAUGUUUCGUUUCACGAUAGACUUUUACAAAUUGGCAGACACUCGAACCCCUUUUCGAUUCCACAUUCACGUAUUCUCGUCGACAAGAACCUGGGAACAUUUAAUAUAAAAUUGUUUAGGUAAACUCGAAUUAACUGUAACGAAUUCGAUAAGAGACAAGGAAGCCUCGAAUAUAAGAGUCGCUUCUUGAAUGACGAAACUUCGUUGAAACUCGAAGGUAACAGGAAAUAGUACUUCGAAUAACGUUCUUUCGUAGGAGCCCAGAUCUGGCGACGACGCCAUUUUGACCAUCAUCAGGUUCUCUUGCUUGUACAUUACUGAUGUAUCCUACAUGGCCUCUUUUCCUGACAAUAUACUUACGGAGGAUUGUAGUUUCGUAGCUUCGUCUCGACUUUCUUUUAUCUUGUUAUUUCGUCGAUACUUUUUCCCACGGACCUCUGUGAAAAAUUCAAUGCAAAGCGGGUAUCAAAUCAGGGAAAGACGCGAGAAAGAGAUUCGAUGUUGGUACGGAUCUUGGAAACGACGAAUCACGAGAAAAGUUCAAAAUUCGUUACAAAUGGAGGCUAUCGUAACAAGGAAUUUUAAAUGGGCCACUAGUGGUGGGUCUAAGAAAUGUUUUGAUGGCAUCGAUACUUUACGUACACGUUGAGAAUUAAUUUUUUAAUAUCGAAUCAUUUUUAGGAACGUUUGGGUUCAGUAUUUUGCGUGGAUUAAAUCGAGGAUUCAAAAGGUGUUGAUAUAUUUUUUCAGGAGUGAAAAUGUGGUUCGUUUUGAAAUUAAUAGAGGUUUUAAACGGACUGCUUUGUUAAAAAAAAAAAAAAACGAAAAAUAUACAAUGUUUAAAUCCUUCAUUUUAAGGACUGUUUCCAAAGAAUUUGAGAAUUAUUGGAAAACAUGACUAUGUUAUCAAUUGUUUAAUCACGUUUACAAGUUAACAGAAAUAAAAGUAUUAAAAAACGAUGGAAAUGUUUGGUUCUGGUGGAUUUUCUGCUUCAUAGCUAAUCAUACAUACAUCGAAUUUAAUAGAAAUCAAAUGUAAACAAUCUAACAACAGUAAUUUUAAUGAAAUGGCUCGUGAAAAAUUUAUCUGGGUACUUCUAUAUUCUUCUAUCCUUAAAUUUUGUCGAUCUUUGAUGUACGGUAUGGACAAUUUAUUUUAUUUUUUAUCCAAUACGCGACAACCCUUUUCCAAUUUUCAUUUGAUCAGUCCUAUUGCAACUUGCACAGUAAAUCGUUAGGUCGUGGCCCAUACAAGAAACUUGUGAUGAAAUAAAAAGUCAAGCUUAAAUAUUAAUAUACAUAUUCGUAUAGCACAGUAGUGCUCAUAAACGACGCUCAUCAAAUUCGUAGUGAUUGAAGGAAACUAGAGUCUCGAAAAUUAAAUUAGGCGAAAUUCGUACAUUCUUGCUUCAGUUUUUGCAUAAAAUUUGCAUGAAUAUGCUUCGAAAGUAGAUGUAUUCGUUUGCAGAAUUCAAUUAUUUAUUGGUAGAUGUUCGACGAAUAUAGGAAAAUAUUCCGAAAUGUAAACAGAAAUAUAAGAAUAUGUAUUAAAAUAUAUAUGUAUAUAUACAUAUAUUUGUGAUGGUAUUUUGCUAUUUUUGUGAAGGAAAUUAUCAUUAUUUUUACAACUAUAAUGGAAUUUAUUAAUCAAUUUUUAUUUGAGUUUUUAUUAAAAUUUCAUCUUCAUAUGUUCAUUAUCACUGAUAAUUUCAAUAAAUCAUAAAAACUCAAGAGAUACAUUCUUUAAUUUAAAUGAUUCUAAUGAAGAUCGUUUUAUUCGUUAUUUAUUGUUUAAAGAAAAUUUUGUCCAUCAUUAUUUUGUACGAUAUGGAUGCGAAAUGAGAACUGCAAAAUACCGUCGUGAAUAUUCUGAAAAGCAAGUAGUGUUCGCGAAUCGGCCGAAAAUAUCUGUAAGACGACUAUUUACGAUAAUGUUCGUUUGCAUAUAUAAACAUAUAUACUCCUUAUAAAUACAAAAAUAUUCGCGUAUAUUCGAUUGAAAUUAGAGGAAAAAAAAAGAGAGAGAAUCUAACUUUUUGUGCACUUAACGCUUUGCGUAUCGACUUUGAAAAUAAUCAACGAUUACUGGUCGUAUUUCUAGUUAUAAAUAAAAUAUUCGAGUUGAUAGGUAAUAAAGACUUUGUUAAUUUAAAUCUAAAAUUUACUUCAUGCACAGAGUUUUGUACAGAAAGAUACACAGAGAUAUGUUUUAUUAAAGAAAUAUAUUUAAAAAAGCAUGUUUUAUUGAUUUUGAUUUUGAUUUUUUUACUUUGCGAGAAGCAGAGUAUACAGAGUAAUGAUUUUAUUCUUGAUGUAUGAUAUUUGUUAACAAAUUAUUUCUAUUCAGAAUGUAUAUAAAUAUAAAGUAACUAACUGUAAGAUUAAUCCAGCGAUCCUACAAUCUAACGUGUCUGUUAUUAAUAAUUCUAAGGAAUUUUAAUAAUCUCGUACAAAAAUGAAAACUCAAUGUCAUUAAAAGCAGAUAAAUGCGUACAUAUGAAAAGAUAUUGUGUACGAUAUAUACCUAAUAAAUAUCUAAAAAUAUCUAAUUCAAAAUGCGAAACGAAAGAUAAGUUUGAAAUGACAAAAUAACUAAUCUUAACGUAAAAUUAUUAUCCAUCAAAGUAUCCUAUAGAAUGCAUUAAAUAAAUGUGAAAACUUUUCAAGCACCGGAACCUGAAAGCAAAUUAAACUUCUUAAAUGAAGAGGAAAUGCAAUGCAAUGGAAUGCAAACUCAUUAAGUUGGAAUUACGAAAAAUUAAAUUUCACUGGAGUUUGAAUUAAAAGAUUGUUCCAACAACGAAUAGGAACAAUUAAAUAAUUACCGAAACCAGUUCAAAGCUUACUUGCGCCUCUCGUAUCCACGGAUUUUUCCACGAAUUUCUAGCGUAGGGCGGAACGUUUAAUGAAACGCCACUCGCAUGCAUCUGCACCUAACACUCUCAAUUAACUGGGAGCACAUCUUCAUUGAUUGUUGCUCGAGGGUCGGAUAACGUUCUCGAUCAGUCUUCAAAGAGGCCCUUUCACAUACCAAACUGUUAGAAUUUGUUAGUCCGGCUGUUACUAUAAAUAGAAUUUAUAGUAGAAGUUCUUUUCACAAUUUUAUAUGUUACGGUGACUGUUAAUAUUUUUGUUCCAACUGGUACAUAUAAUCUUUCAUAAGAUACUCAAAAAUAUUCAUAGAUUCUUAGGAACUAUUUUCCCUAUUUUAUUUUAAACGUUUAAACAUUUUUAAAUGGAUUUCUAUUAUUAGUUUUUAAUUUUUUUAUAUUUCUUCUCCUUCAUUUUCCUAUACUCAGAUAUACCUCUGUUAUACUCGUAAUAAUUUUAAAUAUAUCUCUUUCAUCGUUCUUUAAUUUUUCAAGUCGAAAUACUUUCACUUAUUCUCUUGUAUUUAAAAGAAAAAAAAUGUUUAAACGUGGUUUACCCUUUAAAAGCCUCAAUAACAUUUAUUCAAUGUUCACUGAUCCCGUUUAAAUAAAUUAAAAGAAUCAAAGGGCUGAACAUUCACUUUCGAAUAUUUGCAAAUUUUUAAUGCAUAAAUAUAGUAUAGGGAAGCAAAGAAAAUAUUUUGACGCGAAUGAAAGGACGCGUAAACCAUCGUAAUACCGUAAUCCAGUACAACACUAAUACUUUUCCUCCGAUCUCGUUAAAGAGGCUUGAUAGAAACCUGAAAUGAGAUAUGCAAUCUGAUUAUAUCUGAUAGAAAUACGGAAAUUAUUAAAAAUGUCGAGCGCAAAGCGUUAAGAUGGUAGUUCGAAAUAUUAUUACAUGUACCUCUAACGAGUUACAUAAAUGCAAUAUCGUUAAAAUAGCGUAGGUAAACCGGAGAGUUAGAGAGAAUAACGCUGGUGGAAAUUCAGAUUUAAUCAGAAUUUGAAAAGAGGGAUUUCUCUAUUCGUAUAUAACAUUACUCUCGUGAAUACGCAAUUUAUGAGCGAUGAAUUCUCUCACGUUAUGACACACGUAAUGCACAGAUCCAAUCCCUUCAGAAUUUAACGGGCUUCUGGAAUAAUUUCUGUUGCAAUAUACAUAGAAAACAUGGGGUGCAGACACUCGAUUAUUUGAAACAUAUAAAUAAUUAAAAUUACCCUUACGUUAUAAUUCGAAGUAUAGGUACAUAAAUAUCACACGAGCUGGUUCUGAUAAUUUAAACAAAAAAAUGUUUCAUGCAAAAGUUUAUAGGUACCAAAAGAGAAAUUUAUUAGUAAUUAUUUUUAAAGAUUAAAUUUUUGAAACAUGAAUUAAAAUUCAAAGAAGCCAAUAUAAUAAUGCCAGACGCACUUGUGUACAAAAUAAACUAUUCUUACACAAUUCAAUUCUAAUAUUACUUGUUUUCGUUUGCUAGAUGUUUAUCUUGGGGAGAAACGCUUCUUGGAAUACUUAGAGUAUCAAGCAAAACGAGCAUGUCAGUGUACAGAAAUGUCUGCUAAUAAACAAUUCUCUGUCCUGUCACUGACUUUUUAAUCUCAAUGUUCCUGUAAAUUUUUACUGUAUGGGUCUAAUGGCAAUCUUAGCAACACAUUAACAUGAAAAUCAUAUUAAUUUCGCAUACAAUUUAAUAAAAAAACUUGCAAUUCCAUUCAUAUUUAUAUUUCUCGCACAGUAUACUCAUAGGAAAUACAAAUAAACAUUGAUUUUUUUUACCAGAAAAGGAUUCACUACAAAAAUGAUUUUAAGAAGCGACGUGAAAUGUCUGUUACACAAAUUUAAUACAAAGGACUCUUGAAGUUUAUUAAAAAUUAUUGAAAUUUUAGAAGUAAUAUAUUUUUCAGAGUCAAUCAGAUGCAAAAAUACAUUUCGAAUUUUUGAAGGAGAAGUGAAUACAAAAUAUAAAUUCUUAAUUGUCAAAGAUAAUUUAAAUAGCAUUUCUUAAAAUAUUAAAUCUGUUGCAAAAAUGUCUCUUCGAUGUUGAAAGUGAAUGAAAAGACUACGAAUAACGUGGUUGGGGGAAUUUACGAUGCAAGUGACGUCGAAUUUAUCGCUAGGAAAAGGGAAGGGAUGAUGGCGAAGAAGACUCACGACCGAAUCGUUUAAAGCUACGGAAACGGGAUGAACGAAACUCAAUCAUAUCACCGUAGUUGCCUCUACUAUCUGUUAGCAGUAGCUCGUCGACAAUACAGUUGACUUUUUAACGAUAAAUGCUCGAAACGAUCAUGGAAAACUUGGAAUUUAUCCAGCGUCCAAGAUCGCUUCGACGCACGCUGAAUAACACUCUGUUUUUACUACUACUAUCUAGUUAUUGGUGUGGAUAAACGUGGAAGAACAAUUAUUAACGCGGUAGAAAUUAACUACUAAACAUAUUAGCGAUUAUGCUGAAUUAUAUCUUCGCUUAAGGUCGAUCGAGGGCUGGAGAAGUUAUUAAAAGAUGAAUUUUUAUAUACAGUGAAUUGGUAAAUGUUUUUAAUAAUGCUGUGAUGUGUAUAUCAUGGAAAACUUGACAUUUUUGUUAAAUCAAGAGAGAUUGGCAAAAAUAUUUGCUGCAAUUGUGAAAUAGAAAUUUUUAAACAUCGAAGUUUUCUGCAACAGGGGUGUUGAACGAUUCUAAGUUGGCCAGUGUGAAAGAAUAAGAUCAAUCUCGGUAUUAAAUAAAUUAUGGUAUCAAAUACUUUUUAAGUUUUACCAAAUUUACAAAUAUUCUUAUUCAUUAUUAUUUCUAACACGAAUUUAAAAUGAAAAAUUUUGGAAGAUAUUAAUAUUCUACAUACAUCUACGUAUCUUCUUGUUAAACAUAAAGAUAUGAUUAUCUGAACACCAUUAAUUAACUUAAAAUCGUUCAAUUUUACAUUUUGGGAUAUUAAGUAUUUUACUUUCGACUCUGUUAAAUAUUCCAAACUUGUAGUUCGAAUGAAUAAGUAAUUACAUUGUAUAAAUCUACCAGUUGUUACACCUUAUACAUAGAUUACAAUUCAUAGGUUGCAGCUUACAGUUUAUACUUAUUGCGCUAUAGAUAGUGUACUAUUAUACACCGAAACAAUUUAUACGUACAGAGUAUGUGUACAGGUUUAAUCAACGUUACGAGUUUUCAGACCCAAAGACAUCUAAAAUUUCAAUCGAUUAGAAGUGGAUAUGCACCAGUUGGCAUUCGGAUCCCGCAUAUUACACAUAAAUCACAUCUACACGCAGUUAACGUGCACAUGUGGCUCCGAUAAAUCCUGUUGUUUGAGAGAGAAGUUCAGAGAUAAUAUUAUAGUAAAUGAUAAUCCAUCAACGUAACAUCAUAGUAAUUGUUAAUUAAUUCUAGGAUAAUUUCUGUUAAGUUCUAUAUCUGAAAUCAUUGAGCGAUUUAUAUUCAGGACACCUUAAGAUCACUAUAUAAUCCUAUUUCGUGCGGAGUAAUUGCACUGCCAGUUUCCGGAACAUAUUACGCGAUACAAUAUUUUGGACAAUUCGACGCUAAGUUAAGAUCAGAAUUGUCAUAAGUGUACAGAAAUUAUCGCUUCGAAGUCACACCUGCGCAGAGUGUAAAUGAUAGACAAGAUAAAAUUAUUUGACAAGAAGAAUUAUGCACACUCACAUAAAUAGUAUAUAAAGUUCUAUCAGGUUAGGCUAUUCAAACAAAGCCAAUAAUUUAAAACAUUUAUCUCUCUAUUGCAUGAUGCACCUGAUUGGAAAAGCAAUAAGAUUGUUAUUAUAAUUGAAACCUUAUCGUAAUUUUUCUUAACACUAACUUCUUUUCACACAAUGAUCGAUUAUACUACAGCCAUUCGUAAAUUGUCACAGAAAAGAAAUUGAAAAAUGAAACCAAUGUACUGCUAACUUAUAAAUGCAAAAUCGAUAAUUCUAUUAUUGAGUGGUCCGAACGUACGCUCGAUAACGAAGAUAUUGAAGUACGGCAUAGAAACAAGUUAAGUCUAGAGCUUCUUUAGCCUCGAGUGUAACCUUAAUUAAUUUAUAGGUAUCGAUUUAGUUUUAAGGAAACGGAUACAUGAGUACGCAGUGUAUAGAUGACAAUGAACGUUUGGAAAGAAGAGUUCACCUUAAUUGUAUUUGCGCACCGUGGUUGCGUGUAUUGUGAGUCAGUUAAGAUUCAUAAUUUCUCCCAGAGUUUAAAUUUUAAAAUUGUUUAAUCUAUCCUAAUUAAAUUAAAAAAUCUUGGAACCUUACUCUCAAGCAACAUCAUUGAUUUUAGUAACCCGUACAAUAUACACACGAGUAACAAACUACACUGUCACUUUCGAAACACAGAGAUUGAAAGAGUGCGUCGACGAGUAUGAUUGGCAAUCUUCAGCCUGCUCGCUGCGAAUGGCGAAUAUUUUGCAUUAUUGACUGUGUAUUUUUAGAUUCUCGUCGAUCAGGUAGUUUUGAAGGGAUGAUUGAAAUUUACUUCGAAAAACUUGAUUGCAUCCAAAAUCGUAUCUCUGUUGCGCAUGUGUAUCAAAACAUGUGUCUUAUUCGGUAAAAUAGGGGCCAAGAUCAUUAAUGGAAAGUGACGUCGGAUGAUCGAUGAUUAAGAUGGGAUCAGUGGUGAUAAUGUUGCAGCAGCUGCUUCUGUUUGCUUCAGACUAAUUUUAAAACAUUGAUAUGCUAUCGAUUAUUAGGGCUCCUAAUUAAUUGGUCAAAUUUUUGAACGUAUGUAGAAAUUUCGAUUUCUUUUAUAUCGUAAUUCUUGGUGUAUAUAUCGAGUGUUUCUAACACUCUGAACAUAAUAUCAAAGGUGAAUUUAUCGUACAGAAAUAAUUGAAGCUUUUAGAAUUAUUUGAUUUAUUAAGUGUUGUAAUAAAUUUUGAAUUUAAAUAGACAUUUUUAAUGGAGUAGUGUUGGAGUAAUAUUAAAUACUUUAACUGUGUGUUAAAUAAAAAACAAUGGAAGGAUUUUGGAAGCAUGUUUAUAUUUUUAGUAAUUAUUCUCCAAAUCCAUAUUUAUUGUAUUUAGUCGACUUUUCUUUUGCUUUUUGUAUUCUGAACUCACCAUUGAGAUUAUGUCCAUGUUCAAGAAAUACUCCGUGCAUACCAGUUAAAACAUUUCUUCCUAAACAAAUGAUAUGGACAUUGCGGCAUCAUAGCUGGGCACCUUAAAUAAAUCUUUUAUUUUUUACACUAGAAGAAACAUGCUUUAUUCAAUCAUGAAUAUUGUAUAUUUCUUCCGCGAGUCUCAUAUCUUUCAAGAUUUCCAGAUUUCCAUAAUAUUUCAAUAUAUCAAUUUUUAAAAACCCAUUCUUAUUAAUUACUGACGUAAUAAUCUCCACUUGUAGUACCUAAAUAUAACAAUAUUUGUAAUAAACCACCAUAACGUUUGAAGGCUCUCCAACACUUUCUUAAUACUCUAAAAAAUAAACGAAUUGUCCAAGGCGCCCAACUGCAAUAAACCACGGCGUAUCGUCGAACAAUCACGACAAACACAAUUUUUUAUACGCGAGCUCGUGCGCCAAAGCGUGAAAGUACGAAACAAAAGUUAUGGCAUGCCUCGUCGUCGGAUCGAGCAACAAACUCAGCAAUACUCUUCGUCUUAGUACUCUCUAGAUUAUCGUCGUUAGGUAUACCGAUUAGUCGCUAAUUUCGCGCGAUCAAUCCGGUCGUAGGAUUUUGAUACUGGUCCUCGUAAGGCAAUGGAUGCACCGUACUGCGUUUCCUCGCGUCGAUUGACAUAAUCCUAACGUAUUGUUAAAUAAUUAGACGCCCACGUAAAAAAUCGAUAUGAAAUAGAGGUAUCGGUAGCGAUUAUAAACGGCGACGUAACGUUGCCCGAUGUGUCUGCGACUUCUUUUGCCUUCUCUACGACUAUUUUCUAACUUAUACAGGAGAUCUGCGCCGAACCGAACCUGUUAAUUAAUUCUGUAAAUAGCGUCGGGACCGCCUGUUAGUGUUUAGGGUACGGAACUACACACGAAGUUGCUAGUACGCAGCAAGUUAGCUAGUUGAUAAAUUUUUAUGCUUGACACGUACCUGUAUAUAUUUAUUUGAUAGGAAGCAUCGCUCCACCCUCUUCGAUACGUUAGAAAUCGUCGAGGGCGAGCUUCGGACGGUCCUAGUGUUUAAAACAACGCAAUUCAUGUAUCGAUAUGAAGUUUGAAAAAAAAAAAAACGAUAGAUGUGUGUAUUAGAUACAUACCUAUUAAUACUCAUUAUUGUAUAAACAAAGUGCAUACGCG